AUGGCUACCGAAGAGCGGCCUAAUAAGCUCAGGAGGCUCGAGAAACCGGAAAACGAAGUGCCUGAGGACGAAGCCACCACACCUCUCCUGCGGCAGCCAUGCGAAAAUGUCGCUUCAGAGUCCGAGAACAGUAAGCCAUACGAGCAUACUGCUAAUGAUGUAGAUGGAACCGGCGCCGGGCCAGAGGGUGAUUUAGACGUCCAAAACCCACCAGGAUCGCAGAUAGAAGCCAAAACGGCGCCACCACAGAAUGGUGAACAUGCACAGCCCAUGUCAAAAAGCCAGUUGAAGAAACUACGCAAACAGCAAGAGUGGGAAGCAGGCCGGGACUACCGCAAGGCCAAGCGGAAGCAGAAGACACAGGAGAAAAGACAAAGAAAGAGAGAAGCGAGGGAAGAAGCCGAAGCUCAGCAGCAGCAGCAGACCAGCGCUUCGAAGACCCCACCAACCAACCAUCACCGGCCACGGCCGCGACCAGUCGUUCUCCCUGUUACGAUAAUGAUAGACUGCGGCUUCGACGAUCUCAUGACGGAGAAGGAGCGUAUAUCCUUAGGCUCUCAGCUCACGCGCUCGUACUCGGACAACUGGCACGCCCCCUUCCAGACACACCUGUUCCUCAGCUCGUGGGGAGGUCUCCUUAGGGAGAGAUUUGACACUGUGCUCAGAAAGCACUAUCUCAACUGGAAAGGCAUAACUUUCGAGACUGGAGAUUUCGUGCAGGCGGCACAGAAGGCCAAUGAAGUCAUGAGAGGGUCGAACGGUGGGAAGUUGUUGGGUAUCUUUCAACCAGCCGUGGCACCGAGUAAUGAUCCUAGACCACAGGAGAUGGAGCAGAUCGACAUUAAACAACCUCAAUCCUCUACCAACGGAGCAUCUCCACCCUCCAAUACUCAACACGACACGGCGCCCUCUUUCAACAGACCCUCCACCACCGCUGCAGUCAGCGUCGAUUCCGCACAACAUCAGCCAGUACCACCUCCUCAGUCCGAGGUAUCGUUCGCCUCCCAGGCGUGUCCAGACGACGGCGAAAUCAUCUACCUAACCUCCGACUCUCCAAACACACUGUCCACUCUACGCCCCUAUUCGACGUACAUCGUGGGCGGGCUAGUAGACAAGAACCGACACAAAGGGAUCUGCUACCGGACCGCGUGCGAUCGGGGCGUCCAAACGGCGAAGCUGCCUAUCGGCGAGUACCUGGAGAUGCAGUCUCGGAAGGUGCUGACAACGAACCAUGUCGUCGAGAUCAUGAUUCGCUACCUGGAGUGCGGGAACUGGGGGGAGGCGUUCCUGAAGGUCAUUCCUAAGCGGAAGGGUGGUAGGUUGAGGGAAGAGAAGAAGGAGGGCGAUGAUGGUAUAGACGACGAAGGAGAAGAGGAAGAAGAUGAUGGUGGUGUUGAGGAGGAGGAUCGAGAUCACGGCGAAGUUGUUGAUGAUGAUUAUCCGAAUCCGAAUGGUCAAGGUGGUGAGAUUGGUACCGGUGAACAUGCCGAGUCCUCCUACACCUCGCAUGCUGAAGUCCCCGCCACUGCGCAGUAG